UCACCGUCUCUGCAGACGUCUCGGACAACACCGCGAACCGCUGGUAUAGUCUAUCUAAUUGGAGAGUUGUGCAAGAACUUGAGAUUCACUUGACGUUUUCGGUGCGUGUUUUCGAAUGUGGUGGUGACAGUGAUUCAAUUAGAUUCUAUCAAAAGGGAUUUUCGACUUUUUAUGGUACAGGGAUUUUUUUGAAGAUGUAUCGAAGGAAAAUUCACAACCACAACGUGAUUAAGAUCAAUUUUCUGAAGUCCUUGUGAGGAGAUGGGAAAGAGCGACGCAGAACCAAGUUACCCGACAAAAUUUAUCCCCAAAGAAAAAUACAAUACCGAAAUUUACCUACGCGACAAGUACAAGACUAAUCAAAACUACUACAACACCACUCCCAACGACAAAUACAAGAGAAACAACGUCUCCGAACAAAGGGUUACCAACCACUUCGAUUACCUCAAACACAACCUGUUCAUCAAGUCCCGAGUAGGUACAGAUUGCGCAGAGUGGCAGUUCCAACAGCAGAAGAUCUCCUUCAGGAAUUACACGCCGAAAAUACUGAACCAGGAAGUGAACAUGGGAAUGUGGAUUUUUAGGAAGGAAUGUGAAGGACAAAGUCGACGUUAAUGAUAGUUUCAGUGUCCAGGAAGCUUCUUCAAGAAAUUCAGUUACCAAAAAUCGAGCGUUGCCGUGAUGCAGAAUUCUGGAAACGAUAGCUUGUAGAAAAGUUCAAAGGAUAGGGACAUAAUAUUCGAGAUGUCUGGAAUUGUUACAGCGAUUGGAACUUUGGUUGGAUUGUCCACGAAUCCAGUGACUAUUAUUGGUUUGGUGCCAGUUUUCGCAGCUAGCUUAGCAUUUAUGCGAUACCUCCAUUUUGAUCCGGAAAGUCAUCCUGUGAAUGUCAGAAAUGUCAGAGCAGAGUACGAUUUCGUGGUGGUAGGUGGUGGAUCAGCGGGUGCUGUUGUAGCUUCUCGCCUAUCGGAAGUGGCCAAUUGGACAGUGUUGUUGCUGGAGGCCGGGGGUGACGAGAACGAGAUAUCUGAUAUUCCAUCCCUGGCCGGUUACACGCAAAUGUCAGAAAUGGACUGGAUGUACCAAACAUCGCCGCCUGUCGAAUCAGCGUAUUGCCUAGCAAUGAUCGGAGAUCGCUGCAAUUGGCCCAGGGGUAAAGUACUCGGUGGCUCCAGCGUAUUGAACGCCAUGAUAUACGUCCGAGGAAAUAAGCUAGACUACGAUGGAUGGUCUGCAGAUGGAAACGUUGGAUGGUCAUACGAUGAGGUUUUGCCAUAUUUCCUCAAAAGCGAGGAUAACCGUAAUCCAUACCUAACAAAAACCCCCUACCACAACACUGGUGGAUACCUCACCGUCCAAGAAUCACCGUGGAGAACACCACUAUCAAUAGCUUUCCUUCAAGCUGGAAGAGAACUUGGAUACGAUAUCAGAGAUUGCAAUGGCGCUAAACAAACAGGGUUCAUGCUUUCUCAAGGUACUAUAAGAAGAGGCUCUAGGUGUUCGACAGCAAAAGCUUUCUUGCGCCCUGUCAGAAACAGAAGUAACCUCCAUAUAGCCAUGAAUGCUCAAGUUACCAAGGUACUAAUAGAUCCUGUAACUAAAAAGGCUUUCGGCGUUAAAUUUCUAAGGAACAAUAGAAUCAGAACUGUAAGAGCAAAAAGGGAAGUGAUUUUAUCUUCUGGAGCUAUUGGAAGCCCGCAUAUACUCAUGCUGUCAGGUGUGGGGCCUCGUGAAGACCUAGCCAAGUUCAAAAUUCCUCUACUGAGCGAUCUCAAAGUUGGGCAUAAUCUCCAGGAUCACAUAGGGUUAGGAGGAUUAACGUUCAUCAUAGAUGAUCCUAUUUCUUUCACCAAGAGUAGGUAUCAAACACCUUCUGUAAUUAUGGAGUAUCUGUUGAGAGAACAAGGUCCAAUGACUUCUCUUGGUGGAGUUGAGGGCUUAGCUUUCGUGAACACCAAAUACGCACCAAAAUCUGGCCUUUGGCCUGACAUCCAAUUUCAUUUCGCACCAAGUAGCGUGAAUUCUGACGGAACUCAAGUUAAGAAAAUAACAGGACUCAGAGACAGUGUUUACAAUACUGUAUACAAACCCUUGAAAGAGGCGGAGACUUGGACUAUCUUACCCUUACUCUUAAGACCAAAGAGUACAGGUUGGGUAAGAUUAAGAUCAAAAGAUUUCAAGGUUUAUCCCGAUAUAAAUCCCAAUUAUUUCACGCAUAAAGAAGAUGUUCUCACCCUUAUUGAAGGGAUCAGAAUAGCGCUGAAUGUAUCGGCUUCUCAAGCUUUCCAAAGAUUCAAUUCUAGGCCGCAUACGAUGCCCUUUCCAGGUUGUAGACAAUACCCUUUUGAUACAGAUGAAUAUUGGGAGUGCAGUCUUCGACAUUUCACUUUCACUAUUUACCAUCCAACAAGUACGUGCAAGAUGGGUCCAGCGAGUGAUCCUGAUGCUGUAGUUGACCCUAGACUUAGAGUUUAUGGAAUUCAAGGACUCAGAGUUAUCGAUGCGAGUAUUAUGCCGAAAAUUGUUAGUGGAAAUACUAAUGCUCCGACAAUUAUGAUAGGCGAAAAGGGUGCAGAUAUAAUAAAAGAAGAUUGGGGCAUACCAGUUAGGUAGCAAUCGAUAAAACCUUAGGGAGUGUCCUAGUCAUUCAAAUUGAAACCCAAGUGUACCUCUUAAUUAAGUUCGAUUGGUUUGCAAGAACUUUACAUUCCAUUGUGGACGUUACCAAUUAAAAUAAGUUAUUUAUGUAACUUUAAUUUAUGUAUAUAAACUCUGUUUAGUAUGAAGUAGAUCAAUAUUGUACCAUAUGUAUAUUUUUAUAAUAAAAUUCGCGAUGCAUAUUUU